GGAGGGGGAGGAACAGGGAGGAGAGGAUGCUGCUGCAGGAAAUACUAAACCAGGAAAGAAGAACAGGAAGAAGAAAAAGAGGCAGAACAAAGACUUCCCUGCGAGAGACGCCGCUGACGAGGAGCACGUGGAACAACUUCAGGAUUUUGAUGAUGGGAGUGUAGAUGAGGACCCAGGGGAUCUGCGGCAUCAGGUUGGCAGGAGAAAGAGGGAGGGUAAAAAGUUCAAUAGAUUUGAUAGGCAUGAGAGAAGUAGAGAAGAGGAUGCUCUUGUAGAAGGUGCACUGGCAUAUUUUAGGAAUGAAUUAGAUGAUGGUAACAGUUCAAGGCAUGUUUAUUAUGACAACACUGGGAUGUCAGGCAAGUUUAUGGAUGAUGUUGAUGAUGAUGAUAAAGAUAAUAAUGAAGAGAGAUACAGAAUAAGGAAUCAGAGAAGGACCAGAGGUCGUGGUAGAGGUCAAGUUUCUGAUGAGGGUAGCAGGAGAGGAAGAGGAAGGGGGCGAGCGCGGGGAUCAAGGGAAUUCAGGAGGUCAAGGACAGACAGAUCAGAUUCCUCCAGUCAUAGUGGACAAAAGCCAGGAGAAUAUUCUACGCAAGAUGUCAGAAGAUCUCAUUCUGAGUCCGAGUCCUCUAAUCAGAGUAUGCAUAUGCUUGAAGAUAGCGGGUCAUUUGAAACUGUGCAGGACAGAGGGUUCAUGAAUCUGACAAUUACUGCCACAGGAGAUGGGACACGACAUGUUGAGACUGACUGCUACAGUAGUUUUGUAAACAGUGUUGGCGCUGGUGGUAGAAGACAGGACAAUAAGAAGAAAAUGAACAAGAAAAGCAGUUAUGGGAACCAGACAAGAGAAGAUGAAAGGUUUCAGGACGUGGAUGACAUGCAUGCUCAGUAUCAAGACAGAUGGUGUCCUGAAGGAGGGCCCAGAGAGGGCCGGUGGGAAGAGCAGGUUGAUGUUCCUUUCAAGAAGAAAGACAAAUUGAAGAAGCACAAGAAGAAGGAUUGUGGUGAAAGGGAUGGUAAUAUGACUAAUUUCCAGUAUGCAGAGGACAGUCCACAUUUUGUAGAAGGAGGCUUUCAUGAUCAGGAUCAGAAAUAUGAUGGAGAUGCUGCUAGCAGUGACUCUCAUAAAAUAAAACAGUCCAGGAAACAAAAGAAAAAACAAAGAUAUCAGAAAGAAUUACAGGACAGAAGUAAACCGAGUAAGGACUAUGGCUAUUCAGGCAGAUUCCAUCAGUUUGCAGACAUAACGUAUGAGGAUAAUGGCCAACGUGAAAGAUUCCCAGAUGACUCUGAAGGUCAGAUUGUCCAGCAGUCCCCACAGAAAGAAAGGAAAUCCCAUGUUGAGGAAAGUGACAGAGGGCUGGCUGAUGUGGAGAGAGGGGUAGCCCCGUCACCUCAAGGAAGAUCUCAUCAGAGGAGAAAUAAUCCGAGAGGGAGUUCCAGGGGUGGGGGCGGAGAUAGCAGAAGGGGGGGCAGAGGGAGGAAUAAAAGUGGACAUUAUCCUGGAGAUGGACCAGCACCGCGGUGGAAUGAUAGAUAUGAACAAAGUCCACGUAGCAUGUCACCUAGAUCAAGUCAAGGGCAUCAGGGUGAGGGCAAUAACCUUUCAGGUCAACAUUUCCAAGGUAAAGACUACCCUAGUCAGCAAUAUCAAGGGCACAGCGGAAGGGAUUAUCCCGGGAGAAGGAACCACCCGAAUCAUCAUGCAGGAGCCAGAACUGGUCCACCUCCAAACGAAGGUCAUAGAGGCAACAGGAAUAGGUCAGAUGAAGGUCAAGGUCAAAAUAGAAGUGGCAAAUCCAGUGAAGGUCAACAGACAAGUGAAGGUCAUCAAAGUCAUGGACAGAAGGAUAGAAGAAAAUGGAAUAUAAAAACCAAGCAGGCCAAGUUUGAACACCACUUAUCCAAAGAGGAAGUAGCUGAUGGCCUGAAGAGAGGGACAUUGAUAGAGGGGCCAAUCAGAGUAAACCAGAGGAAUUAUUCUGAAGCAUAUGUGCCACUGCCUGAUGGGACAGCUGAUAUCUAUAUUUCUGGCCUGAACAAUCGGAACAGAGCCCUGAAUGGUGACAUUGUGGCAGUGCAGCUUCUGGACAAACAGGAGUGGAAGGUCUAUGUAGAUGAUCUUCAGAGCAAAGAGGCCAAGGUCAAGCCAAAUCGGGGUCAGGGUGAAGGAGAUGUGGCAAGGGAUGACGGUAGUGAUUCAGGUCCGGAUGUUGUUGUGGAAGAAGUUAUGCAAAUCAGCCAAGAAGCCAAAGAGAAGCCACAAGGUGAGAACCACAAGCACAAACAUGCCACCCCACGCAAGACGUACACGUCACUGGGAGAGGUGAUGUCUCAGGGGAGCCCCCAGGCCAAGGCCCUGAUGGGUGGGGCGGGGGACCAGGGGGAUGCGGGGGACGGAGACAAACUGCUGCAGAGAACAGGAAAGGUCGUGGCAGUGGUGGAGGCAAAGCACUCCCGUGUGUGCAGCGGACAUAUCAAACUGAUGCAGGACCGGAAUCGGGAUGUGGCUCUCUUCUCACCAACAGACUCCAGGGUACCGAGGAUACAGGUGCCCAUGUCGGAAUGCCCUAAAGAUUUUUUUGAGCGGCCUGAUGAUCAUGCCAAGACACUUUUCAUAGCGAGAAUCACGGAGUGGGACAACUCCAUGUUUGCGAAGGGGCACCUGUCCCGAAGCCUGGGGGAGGCAGGCCAAAUCGAGCCAGAGACAGAGGCUAUACUUCUUGAACAUAAUGUGGAGUCAGACGACUUUCCUGAGGAGGUGCUGACGUGUCUACCAACCUCCCCAUGGGUGAUUCCAGAAUCUGAGUUUGAAUAUCGGCAAGAUUUGCGAAGACAAUGUAUCUUCACAAUAGAUCCAUCAACUGCUAGAGAUCUGGAUGAUGCCAUGUCUAUAGAGGAUCUUGGGAAUGGAAGCUACAAGGUGGGGGUACACAUAGCUGAUGUCAGCUUCUUCCUGGAUGAAGGCACACCUCUGGACAUUAAGGCAGCAAGCAGAGCCACCAGUGUGUACUUGGUCCAGAAAGUUAUACCGAUGUUGCCACGACUGCUUUGUGAAGAGCUGUGCAGUCUCAACCCAGACAAAGACAGGCUGACCUUUUCUGUCUUCUGGACAAUGGAUGCCAACGGAGAGAUAGAAGAUGAGUGGUUUGGGAGAACUGUUAUCAGGUCCUGUGUGAAAUGCAGCUACGAUCAUGCACAGGGGUUCAUAGAGAAUCCAGAUCGUGAGUGGAGCCAGGAAGAGUUACCUCCCAUCACAAAUGGGUUUGUGGUUGAAGACAUCAGGAAGCGGGUGCUGCAGCUGGAUAAGAUUGCAAAGUGUCUGCGGAAGAAGCGGUUUGACAGCGGUGCCCUGCGUCUGGACCAAGUGAAGCUGACAUUUGCCCUUGACAAGGAUACGGGGAUGCCCAAUGGCUACUCCGUUUAUGAGCAGAGAGAUAGCAACAGGUUGAUAGAGGAGUUCAUGUUGCUGGCCAACAUGGCGGUGGCCCACAAGAUUUACAAGUCUUAUCCGCAGAAGGCUGUGCUGCGACGCCACCCACCCCCGCAGUCCAAGAUGGUGGAUGACCUGAAAGACCUGUGUGAGCAGCUGGGGUUACCGGUCGACUUGUCCAACAGUCAGACGUGGCAGCAUUCUCUCAGCAACUACCAAGGUACAGAUGAGUUCUCAGCAGCUAGAAUGCAGGUGCUUGUGGCGCUCAGCUCGAAGCCCAUGCAGAAUGCCAAGUAUUUCUGUAGUGGCAUGAUCGCUGACCCUGAAGUGUACCACCACUACGCACUCAACGUCCCACUGUACACACACUUCACCUCCCCCAUCCGACGCUACGCCGACGUCCUGGUGCACCGACUGCUGGCCACCUCCCUCGCCUACUGCAGGGAGACCAGCAAGGACCACCGCCUGCUGCACAAACAGGCUGACCACUGUAACGACAAGAAGUACAUGGCCAAGAGGGUGCAGGAGAUGAGCUCCGAGAUGUUCUUCGCUGCUUUUGUCAAGGAGGUUGGCCCAUUUGAAGAGAAGGCGAUGGUAAUGGGGGUGAUGGAUCAUUCCUUUGACGUUUUCAUACUCAAGUUCGGAGUCUCCAAGCGUGUCUACUGUGAUCAACUGCCUCUGCAGAGCAAGACUUACAUUCGGGACCACAAACAACCUAUUCUCACUCUAGUCUGGGCAGCAGAUGACCUCCAUCCACAGGCUGCCAAACAGACGCUGAAGAUCUUUACAUCAGUCACAAUCUGCAUGAUGGGGGACAACAGAGACCCUCUGAAGUGGAAGGCUAUCCUCAAAAGACCAACAGAGAGCUGCUAGUGAUUGUUAUCCCCGGAUGCUGAUUAGACAUGUCCUAGUGAUGAGUUGAUACCAAGUGUGAUCACCUCGUCACCUAGACAAGUCGGACCCACUGCUGUCAAGCCUACCAAAGUGGAGAAUUGGCUGGCAAUACCCAUCAUCUUAUACAUUACCACCUCUGAGGUGUGGAGGGUCAGUCCAGACAGAUAGAAAGCAACCAUGUGAAUCAAACCUUACUGGAGUUGCUGAGGAUGCAUGUUGUGGGAUGAACAAUUGUAUUUUCUAUUGUGUUUUCAUUGUGUGUAUGCAGUGUGUCAGGUCGUGUGGAUUUACAUCUUCAUCUGUCACCAGUAGGAAUUGGGACAUCACACCACUUGUGAACUGUUUUACUUUGUGCUUUGAAUCAACUGUCAGAGUUAGGAAGGUUUUAAGUAUGACUGUUUAUUGUUAACAGACCUAAAAGACCUAAGCUGUAGACAUUGUUCACAGUGUUGGUCACCAGCAUCUCUGUUACAGACUCUCUGAGUGGCUGUAGUCCUGAAAAGUUUCCUGCAACGUGCUCAUCUACCUAAUACACUGUGGUCUGGACAGGGUUAUCCUGUACACAGAUCUCAUGUUGGAGAUGGUUAUUAAUAUACUUUGACAAGACAUGGGUUUGCUUAGGUGAAUGGCUGUCAGACAGCCACCUAUUAUGUCUGGUCAGACUGUAGUAUCCUGCACCUCGUCCACAAGGCCAUGCUUCAGUGGCCAACCGGCCAUUCCCUGACCUACAUUGUGGGCAUCUGAGACACAUUGACUCUGUGCUGCUUGCCAUGACACCUAAUUUGUUUUGACAGCGCUGUGAUUAUUUUGUCUGUCUGUCUGUCGAUCUAAGACAUUCACUCUGAAGGUCACACACUCAAUAAUGUAUUGUGUUCAUUAUAACUUAAGAAGUGUUUACUGUUGGCAAAUGUAAUUUCGUACAUAUCCUUGAGAGUGAUCUGGUGUUUAGUGAGCUUCAGUGAAAGUCAACGUCACUGGAAUGGUCAUUCAUCUGUUAGUUCUGCUUUUUUGUGUAUUCAACCAAUCCUUUGUGUUGGUACAACAUGAUUCAUGUUUUAAACUAGAAAUAAUGAAUCACUGGAUUGGCAGAAAUUGAAGGUCAAGGUUAUUAAACUGGAAAUGCAUACAAAUGUCUUAUUAAGGUGUCUGGAGGCCUAACAUAUUGCCUGGCGCAGUAUUUUACUGCUUGUGUUUUCACAAGCAUAAAGGAUGCCACUAUACUGGAUGUAAUUACAACUAAAGCAACAUUGUAUAUGAUUUUUGUACUGACAAAGUGAGAGUAAUAGGAGUCAUUAAACCAAUGUUUAGGUUGAUCUUUAUGUUAGCUGGAGGCAAGAUAUAGGGGCUGCAGCUGUCUGUGCAGACACUUUCCUAGUUAAAAUUAACAAUGUAUAUAUCUAGUUUGUGAAACUGUUCAGAAAGAAACACAAACCUUGCUCAGAAGAUUUUGGCAUCUUCAUCCACACUCAACUUGGGUUUAUGUAGAGUUUCCAGUUGUAGUGAUUUUUAGAGAUGUUUGUCUCCAUUACAAUUUUCUUGAUGUGUUUCAUCACGCUGGACAUUUCUGAAUGACUUAAGCCCACAAUGCUAAAGUACAAUUUCCCAGUGACCAUGUUGUGCUGUAGUGGAGCCCUUCUCAUGCUAAGUGUUCUUCGUGGAGCUCAUGCUCAUUGUGUCUUCAUGAAAUGUUUUACAAAGUGCUGACGUGCUGCCUUUUGAGGCAUAUUAGUUUGACAAUAGUUAUUUCUCUGUGGCAGACAAGGCCAAGGGUGAUCAUCGAAGGUGAUGUAAUUUGCUUUGCAGAGUUGUGUCCCUAAGGCAUACUAGAAUACUAUGUUCUUGGGUUCUAGUUCUGGUUUGCUCUAAUUAUGUUCUUGGUUUGUCAGCACCAUACCCAUACUUUUGGGUUUCACUAAAGAGAUAAUGUCUACAACCUACAUUGUUUCAUGAUUUUGUUCAUCAUAGGUUUGUUUGUCAGCUGUAUGACAGCGGUCUGUAAAUAAUUGAACCUGGACCAUACAUUCCAGUGAUUGACAUCAUGAGCAUCGAUCUAAACAAUUGGAACAUGCAUCAACGAAGUCUGUGAGCAUGACAACUCGAUCCCGCUAGUUGCCUCUGACAACAAGCUUGACCAUGAGGCUGACACACCAGGAUAUGAUUGAAAUGCAUGCGGUCAUUGUUUGUUGGCUUCACUAGAUUCCAGCCUCAGUCAAGUAAAGUAGGAUGACAUUGCAGUCUUUCACAUCCAAAGAUGAAUGUUUAUAGAUUUGCCAAAAGAAUUUUAAUACUUUGAGGCAUCUUUUAUUUCCAUGGAUUUUCUUUUAUCAAAUAAUCGUGAAUCUGAUUCUCAUUGUUAAUUAUGAUAGCAGCUUGUAAAUAAUUGAGUGUGGAACAGACAAUCCAGAGGUUAAACACUGGCCUGGAAUCCCCACAGGGUAUACCCUGGCCUGGAAUCCCCAGAGGUUAUAUACUGCCCCGGAAUCCCCAGAGUUUAAACAAUGGCCGGGAAUCCCUAGAGGUUAAACACUGGCCCGGAAUCCCCAGAGGCUAAACACUGGCCCGGAUUCCCCAGAGGUUAUACACUGGCCCCGAAUCCCCAGAGGUUAUACACUGGCCCUGAAUCCCCAGAGGCUAAACACUGGCCUGGAAUCCCCAGAGGUUAUACACUGGCCCCGAAUCCCCAGAGGUUAUACACUGGCCCUGAAUCCGCAGAGGCUAAACACUGGCCCGGAUUCCCCAGAGGUUAUACACUGGCCCUGAAUCCCCAGAGGUUAUACACUGGCCUGGAAUCCCCAGAAGCUAAACACUGGCCCGGAUUCCCCAGAGGUUAUACACUGGCCCUGAAUCCCCAGAGGUUAUACACUGGCCUGGAAUCCCCAGAGGUUAUACCCUGGCCCUGAAUCCCCAGAGGUUAUACACUGGCCCUGAAUCCCCAGAGGUUAUACACUGGCCUGGAAUCCCCAGAGGUUAUACACUGGCCCCGAAUCCCCAGAGGUUAUACACUGGCCCUGAAUCCGCAGAGGCUAAACACUGGCCCGGAUUCCCCAGAGGUUAUACACUGGCCCUGAAUCCCCAGAGGUUAUACACUGGCCUGGAAUCCCCAGAGGUUAUACACUGGCCUGGAAUCCCCAGAGGUUAUACACUGGCCUGGAAUCCCCAGAGGUUAUACAAUGGCCUGGAAUCCCCAGAGGUUAAACACUGGCCUGGAAUCCCCAGAGGUUAUACACUGGCCUGGAAUCCCCAGAGGUUAUACACUGGCCUGGAAUCCCCAGAGGUUAUACACUGGCCUGGAAUCCCCAGAGGUUAUACACUGGCCUUUUUAAUAACUGACUACUCUUCCGUUAUAUGCUAUGCAGGCCAAUCAAUCGGUUAUCACACAGCUUGUGUUUGGUAAUGUUUGUCCAGAGACCUCUUCACAUAGCAUGACAUGUGGAUAUCAUGGUAUAUCUGACAUGUUAUUUUCAGUAAAUACAUUUUAUGCUUAUUUGUAAAUAGUUUGUGGUGUGUAACAGAUGUGCCAAUUAUUAUGCUUUUAACAUAAAGCUGUGUUCUAGGAUAUGAUAUACAAAAUUUAGAUUUUCAAACUUUAAUAGUGGCACAGUUGUCAAAGCAGUUUGCUGUGAAGAGUUGCUUCCCUUGGGCCCGCCAGAAUCCUAUGAUUGUGGGUUUGAAUCCUGGUUUGCCCUGAUUAUGUUUCUAGGUUUGUCAGCACCAUACCCGUGCUCGUGGGUUUCACCAAGGUGGUAACAUCUGAGACCUGCAUCACUUUAGGCUUUCUUCCCACAUCAAGGUGACAUGCUGUGAUAUAACUGGAAUACUGUUAAAAUCAGCAUCAAACCCAACUCACUCACUCACUAAAUUAAUAAAUUCCCAGACACAGUUCUGAAUGAUUCCAGAUGUGUGAUGAUUGGUGAAUAAAUCACCAAGUUAGUUGAGUUAAAAAGCUGAAGCAUACUGGAAUUAUGUCUAUGUGUCUAAUUAAGUUGUCUAUUUGCUGUUGUAUAUGUUAUGUCUCUGUUGUUGUUUCUAUGGGUGGGCAUGGUCAGGGUCAGUUUUCUAAUGGUAUUUUCUUUUUGUUGUGUAUGGGGAAUUCCAUUUUUAAGCUGUUGAAGUUUUAUUUGGUGAUGGUGAUGGUGACUGGAGCCUUGUCCAAAUGAUGGAAGUCAUUCUUUAACAUGUAGGAUUAUUGCGAGGUCUCAGAUCUUCAAUGAGUUUUCUCAAUGACAACACACUUCUUCACAUCAUUUCUGUGAGGUUUUGUCAUGAUAUUCUGCAAGCGUGAAGGGUAUUUCUCCCUUGAGCUGAUCUCAACUAGUUUGACCUUGCUUCCACCACACGACAUGACAUUAGUGAAGGGGUUGCUGUAUGGUUGGAAAGGUUUUCCCUUACAGAAAUAAAUAAAAACACAUGUCUAUACAAAAUGUUAUUUCAAUGAAAUUGUUUACAUGACUAUCUAAAGUAUGAAAUAAACUUUUGAAAACAA